ACUUGAAGCUGAGAAAGAAACACUAGGUGCCAUUUUUUUGCAGUUGACACGAUUUAAAAAAAGGUGUGAAACACCAAGACGCUGCCGGUUCCUGCCUCGCGCCCUUUCCCACAGUCUGUCUUUCUGCGCACUCUCUCAGGGCUCCGUGGCACGCAAGGGUGACAGUGGUGCUCAUCUCCAAAGUUUCAUGCUCAUGGAGCCGGAGAGUGAGAGUGCGCUGGUCCGGUCUAUCUACUACGGUAAAAUCGGUAAGGGGAAAACGGAAAGGUUGCUGGAGAGGCAUGGUAGAGAGGGGAGCUUUCUCCUGCGGGACAGUGAGAGUCUGCAGGGAAUGUAUUGCCUCUGUGUGAGAAAGACACCGUACGUCCACACUUACAGAAUACACCACUCCUCUGAAGGAUGGACACUUCAGUUAUCUUCUGGGCAGAUGCUGCAGUGUUUCGGGAGUCUGGAGAAUCUGAUAGAGGGCUGCAGAGAGGGGGUUGGUGCUGACAGCAUACCUCCGCUCACACACCCCCUGGACAAAACACAGCUGAGACAUGAGAGGCUGCGGAGCGAGACGGCCUAUAUGGAAAUGUGAAGUGGGACAACUUGUGUGUGUUUGUGUGUUUGUACGCACAUGUGUAUUCAAUUGAACCUUUAGGAGACAAUGCUUUUGUUUUUUACAAAAGUGCACCUGUUUAUGUCUGUUCCACAACUAGGCAUGUGGUUUCCCAUGGAGGGAUGCUUUGACGUGUGUGUGUGUGUGUGUGUGUGUGUGUGUGUGUGUGUGUGUGUGUGUGUGUGUGUGUGUGUGUGUGUGUGUGUGUGUGUGUGUGUGUGUGUGUGUGUGUGUGUGUGUGUGUGUGUGUGUGUGUGUGUGUGUGUGUGUGUGUGUGUGUGUGUGUGUGUGUGUGUGUGUGUGUGUGUGCGUGCGUGCGUGUGUGUGAGUGAGUUUGCAUGUUUAUAUGCAUACAUGUGGACCAGUUCUGCCAUAAGUGCACACAAGGACAUUAAAACUGCCAUCUGCCAUGGUCUUUCUCUCUGUGUAUAAUGUACAUUAUAUGACUCACAUUAAACGGAUAUGUUACUGAUGAAGAUUUUAUUAGUGAAAAGGCUGCCAUUGCAAAUAAGAAUGUGCUCUUCAUUGACUUAGGGAACACUGUUAAAAAAGUGGACAAAUCCAAAACAGAGGCUUAAAUGCAAAUGUAGACAUGAUUUUUGGGGAGAUAAUGCCUUUAUUGACUUGCCUGGUUAAAUAAAUGUUAAACAAAUAAAAAUAUUUUUAAAAUUA